UUCAUUGUAGUUUCAAAAUGAUCCAAUACCUGGCCCUGCUGGCAUUUCUCUUCGGCUGUGCGGCUGCCCAGCAGCCACGGCGCGAUGCUGAGUGGCCUCCGCCGGCGAUUCUCAAGCUGGCAAAGCACUUCCAUGACAUAUGUGCACCCAAAACAGGCGUAACUGAUGAGGCCAUCAAGGAGUUCAGCGAUGGCGAAAUACACGAGGACGAGGCCCUCAAGUGCUACAUGAACUGCCUCUUCCACGAGUUCGAGGUGGUCGACGACAAUGGGGAUGUCCACAUGGAGAAGCUUUUCAACGCGAUUCCAGGAGAGAAGCUACGGAACCUACUGAUGGAAGCCUCCAAGGGAUGCACGCAUCCUGAGGGCGACACUCUGUGCCACAAGGCCUGGUGGUUCCAUCAGUGCUGGAAGAAGGCGGAUCCUGUCCACUACUUCUUGGUCUGAGGAUUUGUUUGCAAUAGAAAUUGUAGGGGCUUAUUUGUAGAGGUUCUGAGUGGAUCAAUGGAUUUAUUUAAGUCACAGAUAGUAAGAAGUUGAGUUGUUUGCUUAGUCAUAAAUAAAUGGUGUCAGUAAGCAACAAGUAUAAUUUUAAAUAUUUUCUGGGCUUACUCUCUUUAUUGCUUUAUGGUGUCUGGGCUUACAAUGAAAUUUAACAAAUAUUUUAUUUUUUGUUAUUUACUUUAUAGUGGAUAAGUGACAUUUUAAUAAAUAUUUACAACAUCUAUUCUAUUUCAA